UACGAGAAUUGAACGAGAUUCAAGAUGUCUGCGCCCAUGAAUUAAAAGUACACUUUGGAAUCGACGCUCUCUUGACUCUUAUCUGUUACGCCAUUUUCUUAAGUUCGGCAAUCAAAAGCCAACCAUGAGUCACAGCAAAGAAGAAAAGAAAAGAGAGCCAAAUGCGGCUGAGAAGAUGUUAAUGGCUUAUUUGAAGUCACUACAAGAACGGCCUAUUUUGACGAAAGCUUGCACCAGUGGCACUAUAUCUGCUUUCGGUAACUUCCUCGCACAAGUCAUCGUACCAAACCAAGAGAAUGGAGGCAAAAUUGUGUGGCGCAGUGUCUUCGCAUAUGGAGCGUUUGGGUUUUGUAUUAGUGGACCGCUCAUACACAAGUUUUAUCAGAUGCUUGACCAAAUAAUGCCGAAAAAGAAAGAUGCUGCUAUGUUAGACGGCAUCAAGAGGGUUUUAAUGGACCGAUUGAUUUGUGCUCCUCCAUUCCUCCUGCUCUUCCUCUACAUUGUACCUAUACUAGAGGGGAGCGGACAUGCAGCAGCUGUUAAGAAGAUAAAAGAAACAUUCCUGCCUGUGUUACUAAUGAACUGGAGAGUCUGGACCAUAUUCCAAUUCAUCAACAUUAACUAUAUCCCUAUGAAAUACCGUGUGUUGUUUGGUAACGCCCUCGCCUUGGUUUGGACCGUCUACCUUGCCACCAAACGACGACAAAUGGCGCAGUCAUAGCAAUCUUCCCGAGGACAAGUUGAUCAUGUGACCAAAUUUCUGGGACGAGUAAAUCAAAGCCUGGUUAGCUUUAGGAUUGGUAUUAUGUGGACAGCUCAUACAUCUGGCCAAUAACCUGUAUUUAUCUCCACAUUCACCUAUUCUUUGUAAAGGGAAGCUGUUUCUCAAUUUCGAUGCUUACACAGCAACUUUUUAUGGUUACUGUUGUAAAGUUUGAAAAUCAAUCCCAUGUGACCAAUUGGAAAAAAAUGUGAAAAGUACUGUACCAAGAUUUGCGAAGCUUAUUUGUUCAUAUGCAUUAGGUAUAUACAAUAGUAGCACAUGUUUGUCUGGGGUGAUGUUUGAACUUUGUGGCACAUUGGAACUGCACUGUUACUUUAUACUUAUGACACUAAAUCAUCUUAAAUUUUACAUUAAUUUGUUCAAGUCUCCCCCGCUAUUUCCUGCGAUUUAUUAUUGGGAAUUGAUCCAUAAUUCCACUAACUGUAAUUCAAUGAUUUGCAUUGAAAUUAAAUACAAAUUAAAUCAUAAGGGUAUCCAAGAUCUGGUAUUUACCUAAUGAAGCCUUUUGUUCAUCAUAACAAAGAUAAUUUAUGCAGCCUCCCCCCGCGGACAAGAUAACCAGGCUAUGAUUUACAGUAGCAUAGUUAAAGGUGUUACUUAUUACUAUACAGAAUUAUUAACAAAACUGCUCAUCAAUAAAGAUAUGAUUCUGUGAUUGUUGAUGUGAUAUUUUAUCCUGGAAUUCCUGGGUAUAACGGAGUGGAGUACACUGUAAUGAUAAUCAUGUUUUUACUGGUAUAUUAGACCAAUAACAUUUUUAGCUCCUCUUCAAUUUCCAUUGUUUCGUUGUUGUUGAUAAUUUCUAUAACAAAGAAUCACUGAUCAAGGUGAUAUUAGAAAAUUAUCAACAUAUUGGUUUUUGCUGACGACACAAAUAGACGUCUACAUCAUUGCUACGCGACAUUGAUUGGAAUUUAUAUUGUCUGCAUUCCUGAAAAAAUGCAGUGUAAUUUUUUCCCCCACAGAAACCAUAAAAACAAGUUAAAAUGAUAUUUUAUUUAUCAUGAAACAAAAAUAUGGUUUUGUUAACUUAAGUUUUGAAUUACCCAGUCGCGAAGUAUAAUUAAAGUAUUGAUGAAAAUGAUAUAGACACUGUUUCUGUUGAAAUAAGAAAUAUUACUUCAUGUUAGGUUUAUGCAACAAGGGCUUAUGUCAUUGGAACAUUGGCUAAAAUACUAUUGGCACUAAAAUAACGUGAUCACAGGUUUAAUGACAUUUCUAUAUACAGAGGUCUUUGUAAAGAUGGUUGGUGAUAUAUUCAAUCUUUUAUGUUAACAAUGUCUAUUAAUGGUCCCAGAGAGGCUAGUGUAGCUUUUCUUCUAGUGUUCAGGGCACUAACUUACGUUUUAUGGUAAAGCAGAGCCUUGAUAUUCAAGACACCAGUUUUGAGUACAGACAAAACUGGAGGGGUGAAAAAAGGGAUCUGCAGAACUUUUCAGAGGAUCCACCACCCAUCAAAUAUUGAAACUGAUUCAAUAUAAAGAAUUGAAUGACUGGACUUAACCUCACAAUUCCUAACUAGGACUUUCAGAAGACUCCCCAAACUGAGCCCCAACUCUUAGGUUUUAAAGGAAAGGUCUGUUUGACAUGUUGUAAUUCUUUAGAAUACAGGGGAUAUUCUAUUUGACUUUCGAAAUUGCUAAAUAUCGAGGGCCAACUGAAAGUACUGCAUUAUAUAUUGUGACAGUUGUCUUCCACCUUGAAAUAUGAAAAAGUCCUUACAGCAAACAUGUUCUACAGUUGCCAUGAUUACUGGCUACAUACAGUUGCUGUCACAACCAUCACAUUGAGGUUUCCUAUACAGCCAGGUUUGUAAUAUCUUCCUAGCUAACAGGAAUUGUUUUGUUAAUUUUUUUUGAUGCAAGUUGUUUUAUUUUGUAAAUAAAGUUAUGUUUGAUUUUUGAUUAUUGUGAAGAAUGGAUGUGUACAAGUUGUGUUAACGAGGUUGAUGGAACACCAGGUAUCGUGGUAGAGCAUUUGUUGGGUAGUUUCUUUUGCAUCAAUAAGUUUACAAACCAUAUACAUUUGUUGAUAUAAACUUUCCCGGUCUACUAAUGCAUUUAAAAUUCAGAUUACCCUAAAAUGUUUGUGUUUUUUUAUAGUGCUAGUGAGUACAAAGUAUUAAUUCCACUGUAACCAUAGCAACAAUGGGAGCAAAUUCUCAGGUCAUCCAGUUUUCUAGUGUGAAUUUUCUGCCUUUCUCUGCUUGAAUACCAGUACUGUGAAGCCUUAUAGCAUUUUUGUUUUUUUCAAAUCAUAUCCUUUAUGACUGUCGCAGGGUAAUGAGAAUGUAGCAAAAGUCAGAUUUUUUUUUAAAAAUUAUCCACUUUUGAUAGAAUAGCAUGUACUUAACCCAGCUAAUGCUGUCCCAAUCUUUAUAAUAAUGAUUCCAUAUAAUAUUCCAGGGUAUAUACCGAUACAUGUAUCAACUAACAUAUUUCUUAUAGACCAGACUCGGUGUAUAUACCGACUCACAGUAUCAAUUUACGUGUUUAUUAGAUCAGACUAAGUGUUACGAUAUGUACACUAUUAUCAGAUAUACAAGUACAUGAACAGUGUAUAAUGUUUUUAUAUACAUCUUACAUAUGAAUGUAUAUAUAUGUAUACGAUGCAGUUAUGUAAUCUUUGUUUAUGCAAUUGUACUACACAAGAUAUUGAAGACAGAUAUGUUAAUCAGUACUUAUUUAAAUCCAUUGUUGUAAAUUUUUACAAUAAA